AUACCGAGUUUGAGUUUCGUAAAGGUAAGAAGUCGUGGUGGAUCAAUGUGAAACCUUCGGUGGAAUUAUUAUCAAAAUGGGGAUACGCGGAUAAUGAACCAAUAGAGGAAGAGAUGAAUAUUCAAGGAGAAGAUCUCCCAAAAAAAAGCAUUCCUGAAGGUGAAGAUCCUCCAAAAGGAAAGAAAAACAUUCCAAAAGAAAGAUACUUCGGGGGUUAUUUCAGUGGAGAAGUUACUCCGAAAGAAAUAGAAAUAUCAACAACACCACGCAAGCAGAUGGGAGAUUACACCAUUGAUUAUGAUUGGUCAAUUUUAUCUUAA